CUUCUCUCUCUCUCUCUUCUCGCUUGGUUAUAUCGGGCAUCAUAUCCCACUAGAGAUAGCCGCUACAUAUUACAGCUACCUAUUCGAUUGCAGGAGAAGAUAUAUAUAGAAGCAAUUAGCAGGGGGAAGAUCGAUCAAAUGAGAGAGAGCAACAACAACAACAACAGUGUCAUACAAGGGCAGCAUGAGGGAGGAUCAUCGGCGGCGGCGCUGCAGGCAGGGAGGCCGGAGCCGGACGCCCUCAUCAACAGCAUCGCGAUAAUCCGGGCGUUCACGGCGAAGGUCGUCGCCGGCGUGGGCUUCCUGGCGCUGACGUGGUCGACGGUCGUCCUCCUCGGCGGCUUCGUCUCCGCGCUGCCCAUCAAGGAGUUUUGGUUUCUCACGUUUAUCAGCAUGAUUCUUGCCUCCACGGUCUUGAGCGUCUACGAUUACGUUAACGAGACUUACGCGGCACGAGUGAAUCCUACGUUUGGUAUGAUAACCGGGGGAUACUUCACGUUCCUCUCGAAGUUCGAAGCCAACCUCUCCGCUGGCUGCGCCGUGCGCUGCUGGAGGCUGUGUGUCAUGCUCUUGGUCCUGCUCAUCGCGAUGGCACUGCUUAUAGGACUGCUUCUGAUCGACGCCGUGUUCAUCGUAAGCUUGGUUGGGCCGAUGGCAACAAUGGCGAUCUCGCUGACGCGCCUGAUACAGCACGACUACGAUGGCUCAGACGCGUCGAGCAAAGGAAAGCUCAGGGCAGCCCUGUUCAUCUUCUACUCUCUGGCUCUGCUCCAUAGCCUGUGCUUCUACUUCUGGCUCCUGCUGCAUUUGUCCCUCGAAAUGUUGCCGAUUCCGGCGAGCAUAGAGGAGUAUGGGCACGGCGACGGCGGCUACUACCAGAUGCUGCUUCGUCAGUACCUCCAGGAAACCAAAACCAAGUGUGCGAAUGAUCCCAAGCUGCCAGGUGACUGGAACCUGGUGACAUACGCCGUUGGGUUGCUGGAUUCUGCAUCCCCGGAUGAUCAUCUGGAUGGGCUAAGGAUGCUCGACGUCUUGGCCAUCAACAAGCAGCGCUCUGUACGGCUUGAGCUGCUGUCCUCGAGACACUCUGUCCAGAAUCUCAUCGAGAUGCUUGAGUGGGAUGGUCCGGACCAGGAGAUGAGAGAGCGUGCCGCGAGGAUUGUCGCCGAUGUCGCUGCUGCGCUGCGCGUAGCCCAGAUGCCAGCGGGAGCUCUGCACUGCAUAUCUUCUCUGCUAGAAGCCUCACCAAGAUCUGACACCUUGAAGAAGCCGAAAGGCGGUAAGGAGUUGAUUCAUCGGGGCCUGCAGAUUCUUGAGAGGCUCGCACGCGACGAGCACAACUGCAGGGAGAUGUGCAAAACCAAUGGCUGCUCCCCAAGAUCACAGCACCAAUCACUUCUCCCGCGUUCCUCGAGACAGAAUAUGACAGUGAAUGGGUUGAUAUCCUAAGCAUUUUGUUGAGGCUGGUGAUGCGGCUUAUCAGUGCUCCUGGAGAAGCCGGCACAGUGCUGUGCCAUGAAAUCUCAGCUAGCAAUGAUGCAGUCCACAACUUGCUGGGGAUCCUUGACGGCCAAAUCAAGUUUUCCUUGCAACUUCAGGAAAACGCCAUGGAUGUUCUUUCAGAAAUAUCAAUAGGUUUAUCUGCAGCCAUGACCGAGAAUUUAGUUAAGAAGUUGUACCACAUCUUCCUUGCCAACAGUGGUAUGAGAUGAUUGAGGCCAAAAGCAGGGGAAGCGCUCGUGAAAUUGAUUUCUACUCAAGGUGCAAGUGGACAGGUACCUGUUAUGGAGAUAUUCUGCAAAAGCAUGUCCAUGGAGCAAAUCUGUGAAAGCGAGUCCACAGAUGCACUGGAUGUGAAGAGAUAUGGAACAGUUGUUGAUCAACUCACUGAUAUACUUGUUAAAGACAAGGAAUGCCAGAUAAGUGCAGCAGCAAUAUUACAGCACUUAUGUUCUCGUUUUACAAGGAGCUACGAACUAUUAGAGCAAGAUGUGGUUAAGCUGCUGAUGUCGGUAAACCUCAAUUGCUUUCUCUUUCUAACAUCAUUAGCAUGAAUCAACCAUAUGCAGUUAUCUGAAUAAUUCAGUUAAUGUGAUGCCCGAUCAAACAAUAUUAACCCUAAAUUAGUAGUUCGCUCUAGAUUGUUUGUUUUUAGAAAUUUGAAUAGUGGGAGGUUAUCUAUAUCAGAUUUGCUAUUUAUCAAUCAUCUAGCAUUCCCCUAAACUUGCAUAAUGCAUAGGCUAAACUUAUAUACUUUAGAAAAGUACAACUUUAGUCUAGAUGCAUAUUUAUGCUUACAUAGACCAUAAACGUUUUCUCCAUUUCAGUGGGGGAUAAACAGCAAAUUACUUUUUUUUCAAUGUUUAGGUUAGAAUAUUCUUUGUUUGACAGAAUAAAGGAAAAAUAUGAGUUAUUGGACAUUGACCUAGUGUUGGAAAAAAAGUGAUUGAUAGCGAUAUAGAUACACUCACAUGGUUAUAACUUAUACUAAGUACAUUGCUAAUAUUUAGUUCCUUCGAUAUAAAUUUUAUUAUUUACAAUACAUGGUUAUAACUUAUACUAAAUAUAUUUGCUAGAAGUCAGUUCCUGUGAGAUGAAUUAUAUUAUUGUAACUGUUGCGGAUUCUUGAUCUUAUCCUAUACGGUAAAACGGAAGGAGAUGAGGAAACUGUAUCAGAGGCAAGGGAAAGCAAUAAUUCUGAAAUGCAUAAUGAUGAAGAAAGCAAACCUCCAAAACCAGCUGGUCUGAAGAAGUCCUUGGUGGAGAAAAAUGAUGAGCUAUCUGAAGAGAGGAAACAUCUAGCAGCUCUGCUAUCCCUUCUUGUGGUGAUAUGCGACAAUUUGGUUGAUGCAGAUCUUUUUUCUAAUGUCACAUCUGUGAAUGAUGAACUGGCGAAGAAGCUCAAGAAGAUAAUAGAAGCAAAUAAUGAAAACACAGCUGACUGUCUGAGAAUAGUGAAACUUACCUGUCAGGUGGUUAUAGCGAUAAUUCAUCUCAAACCUAGCUCCCUCAAAGACUUCAAUGAAAGUAAUUUCAAUGAUGUAGUGUCCACGGCUUUCAAGAACAUGUCAGAUAUCGAAAACUGCAUGCUCUUUGCAGUCAAAGAUCGUCAGAUAACAAAGCCUGCCAAAACUCUCUCUUCUCUUGUAAAAGAAACCCAGGGACUCCUCCACAAUGCACAAGAAACAGGUAACAAUUCUAUCUGACUAAAAUCAUGUACUGUAUCUCCAAGAGUAACAUUGUACUUCUUGUCAUCUGAAAAUAUUUUCUGAAAUACGCGUGCAAAUGGAUUGUGCAGUCAUGUCUAUUUUAUGUACUAAGUGUGCGAAUGGAGUGCGCCUUCUAUGUUCUGUACUAUGUGUGCCGAUUGUCGAACAUUGUAUGAAUACUUUAAAAGUAUAGUAUCUCUGAAACAUUUAUUGGCACAAGUACUGUUAUAUGUUAGGAAUGGCAAUGUUAAUAUGUUAUUAUUGAUUACUUCAAAACUAUGGUUUGAAGUUCAUGUUGAGCUCAAAUCUAAUUUGGUGGAUACAGCCCAUAAUUGUAAGUAUGUCAUAGUGAGUGAGUCGAUAUGCAUUCUGUAAGAUAUAACAGAAAAUCUUAAAGAUAGAGCGGUAGAUCAUUACAUAUAUUCAACACAUGUAUUCUCUCUUAACGGAAAUUCUUACAGUUAGAGCACUAGAUCCCACAAUUUUUGAUAAUUUGACCCUUUGCAAAAACUAAUUUUACAAAUGAACCGCCGCCAAAACUUUUUUAAAAAAUGACCCUUUUGUUCAGUGCCAAAUCGUGUGGCGCUGAACUUAGAC